UGCUUCAAUUCAUCAUCACUCACAUUUCAAGUUUAUUUUGAUCCAAAAGCUUUGAUUUGAUUUCAUUCUCUUGAGGCCAGAAAUGGAUUUUGGUCCACAUGAUGAUGAUUUGAAAGAGAACCCCAAGAUUUCACCAUCAACAAGUUUAUUCAGUGAAUUGAGUGCAAGUAGUCCAUCAUCAGGUUCAAGCUUAUCAUCAAAUGAUAAGAAAAGAGCUAAAUUUGAACAACAAUAUGGUGCCAAUUGGAAGUGUGUUCCUAGACAGAGAAAAAAUGGAAAAUGGGAUAAGUUCUAUUAUCAUACGGAGUCAGGAAUUAUGUGUAGAUCUUUAAAAGAGGUUGAAAGAUUUGAGAAAGAAGGCACUCGCCCAGGUCGCAAGCCAAAAAAAGUGAAAAUGGAAAAUGUUGAAACAACAGUGAAAGAAAUGGGUGCUACUGUGACUGAGGAAACUUCACCCAACAAAAAAGAAGAAAAAGAAGAACCACAAACAAAAAGUGUUGAGGUUGAAAAUGUUUUGGUAGAUGCUAACCAAAACCUAAAUCAGCUCAACCCUAAUGAUCAACAAUACUUUUCAGAAGAUUCUGAGAGAACUCCUUCUCCCCCAUGGUCUCUGUCUCAUGUGGUUAGUCCAAGGGAAGGAACUAGAGCUAGUGCUUGGUGGAGGAAGCCAACAUGAAAGGCAUAACUUAGAGAAGACAAAAAAAUAAAAUUAGGGGAAAACCUAACUCUAUAAUGGAAAACUUUUAAGUUAUGAAUAAGGUGGCUAUUGUCCCCUUCCUAUGUAUUAA